CCCGUCGACCGACCGCUGUCGAGAAUAGAGAGAGGUCAGCCAAGAAAAAAUCAUUAUUGAAGACUUUUUGGUGUUGGAUGAGGGGACAUGAGUAUCAAUAAUUUGGAUGUGACGUGUACAUGAGUGACUUAAACAGUUCCACUUUACAAGGCAUCAGACAGGAUUGAAUCAUGGGAGAUAAUGUGCCGUUACUCAAUGAGUACAAGCGAGAGUUCUUCUGGAAAAGAUUUUCUCAGACUUUACUUGGAGGUCCCAAACUGCGACUGGGAUUCCAAGCACCUGCGUAUGUUUACAUCAAUCAAGUCAUACUCUUUAUCAUCCCAUUACUGCUUGGUGGGAUAUUCUCAAUUCUCGUAGAACUUGCUGGCGUCAGCCUCACCAUAGGUUACUGUGUGUUUGGCGGAAGUAUGGGACUGUACGUCUUCUGUGCACAGCUGACAAGUUUCUUAGUUCAGAGGAAAUCUGUGAGCUCCGUCAGACCAAACGUUAGAAACAUCCUUUCUGAGGAAGAUGAGGUUGAGUUUGAAUCGUGCUUCGGUCCGGAGACGUUGAAUUUCAUCCUUCCAGUUAAAAAAUGGAAGGUCAAUAUUUUACUCCAUGCCAUGGCCUCGGGCGUUAUGUGCGGACUUGGAUUUUUGUACCUCAUACCAACAACUCUGAAUGCACUUUAUAGUAACAGCGUUGCAGCAACGGUGAUUAUCUAUACAUUAGGUUGGAUGACUCUGUGUAUUGCGCAGUAUCCAUUAACAGUGACUUCACCACCAGAAUCGGCAAUCUUCAGAGCGACCGAUGCAUAUGAGAUUACUCUACUUACGAGACCAUUUCAUGUUUGUUUAUUUUGUGCUGCUGAUUUGGUUUGGAGGUCCUAUCCAGACAUCGUUUUACUGAAUCAGAUUCUUCAUAUCGUCUUCAUCUUCCUACCUCUACUCUGGGUUAUUGGUCUGCUGCCCUCUAUUGAUGCCUUACUGCUCUGGCUUGGAGAGCAGAUACUCGUCUCAGGAUUUGGGGGAUCCCCCGUUGCAACUGAUCUGAGGUUGCUGUUGAUGUUAGUGGUGUCAGGGGUCACACUAGUUGUUGCAUACUUCCUUCCAUCUACCAUUGCUGUCAUUGUCUUCUCAGCAUGCAUUGGCUACCUACUAAGUCUUAACCUAGGAGAUUUGUGCAACCAGCUCAUUGAUUGGUGCAAAUCAAAACAGCGCAAUAGACUCCAGGUUCUCCAUAGCCAAUCAGAGCCGCCGUCUAAACCAGGGUUCGGCUGGAGGUGGGGAUGGAAAGAGGCGCUUGUGCAUUUUGUAACGACAUUGGUGAUUGGUGGAAUAUCGUUUGUCUGUAGUUUCUACAGUAAUUCAGCCAAUGUGACGGUGUUUAACAUCCUUGGUUAUGGAAUGAUUGGUCUGCGGUUAUUGCUGAAGAUCUUAGGUGAUGUCCAGUCGGUGUAUGUCUUCUUUGGCUUGUGGCGGAACAAACUCUUUCCAGAGAGUGUGCAGAACAUGUCAGCUUACACCAAACGAAAGAGAACCCUACAUAGAUUAUCUUUCGUAUACAGGAUAUUACUCCGCGCAGUUUCACCAUUAUGGGCGAUGGCCUACUUAGGUCUGUUUCUGUCAACGAGCUCCCUUCCAUCAUUUCUCUUCGCGCUUGGCUCAGUUCGCUCAUUGAGAUGUAUCUGGCAGGAUACACCAAGAGCUCUUCUUGAGCUCUCCGUGGUUCACAUCAUCAACACCGUCCUGACCCUUGACCUCACUUCAUGGUGGGUCACUGCAGGCCUUGGCAUUCAACAUCUACUCGUAGCGGCCUUCUUGGAUCGUCUCUUCCAGCUGAUGGAUAAACUCUAUUGCUUCGUUGUUAUUCUCAUCACCUCUUACUCCAUCGAGAAACAGCGACGUUCCUCCAGUAUGCCGCUCAUCAUCGUCUCCAUCAUUCUUCUGCCCUUCAUCUUGGUUGUUAUCGUCGUGGCAACCAUCCUCUCCGCCCCCUUGCUUCCGCUCUUCACUCUACCAAUAUUCUUAAUCGGGUUUCCUCGUCCAUUACGGUCGUGGCCGGGAGUUGUUGGAGCGUCGGCAAAUCCCUGUAGUGACAGUGUUUACUAUAAACAGCUUGCUCCAAAACUCUGCACUGCGUUGAGCAGACACGGAUGCCUUGGCACUGCAAAAGCUGGAUCCCACUACCUGGUGCGUUUUCAAGACCGCAUGGCCUGGCUCCAGGUACUAGAGACAGGCUACGGUUUCUGCACCAUCAGCAUCAAAGGCAUGGAGUUGCAAGAGACAUCAUGCCAUACUGUAGAAGCAGCACGUUUAGAUGACAUCUUUGAGACCACAUUUGAGAGGUCCGGCGGCUUCCCUGUCUGUACAUUCAAUAAGUUCCCUUUGCACACUCUGACGCCUGUAGAUGCAGUUCCUGUCGAUACCUACUCAGAUGCUCGCAAUGUCCUGACGGGUAUCAUUGAUUCCCCGGAUGUGUUGAGAAGUAUCGACAAGUGCUUCAUACAGACCUUACUUUGGGUCUUCCUCUACCAUAACAGCCAGAAGCACCGUGACAGCAGCACCUCCGCAAGGUCACCGACUCAUGUGAGAAUACAGGAGCCCACACAGGCGAGGCAAGAUGAUGGGACUAAAAUGAGCCAACCUACCCUUCUAGCAGAAGUAACUAAGAUCAGUGGGAAUUGGGAGAGUAGAGACAGUGGAAGGCCGUCAAGCGUUCACUCCAGACCCAGAUCCCAGGUUAAGCCACUGUCGGCAUCGUGGGACAGCAUUAAGAGUUGGGAGGACAACGAUUCUCUUGACUUUGACCUUGAAGACAAACCCAAGAAACCGGCUUUUAAUCUUAAUAGCAGAACCAAAGAUAGUCAGAGGCACAAGGAGUCGCCCGCAAUACCAGGUGUCUUGGAAGGAUUCACUGACGACGAGGAGGAGAUACUAAAAGAAUUGAACUUUGGUCUGCCUCCUGUUAAUGCCAUCAACGCUAAUAUAGGACAGCCACAAACAUUUGCAAUGCAUUCCAUGCAGCACAAACCUCUAACCUUAACCGGAUCUGUGCAAUUUACGUCCACUCAUUCCUCCAAACUGAGCCUGCCUCUCAAAUGGCGGCAUCUGCCGAUUGAUCUCAGUCGUUUAACCUCUCUGUUCGGACGAUUCCCAAAGGACUGGUACAGCCAUGUUUUACAGCACAUGGACUUAGCUCAGGAUGGGAAAAGCUCCAAGGAAGUGGCUGAUGAGAUCACUUCCGAUGAUGCACUGACCAGUAUGUACAUGCAUCUGACCAUGGCAUGCUAUGCAGUGGUCAAUGUGUUUGGAUUGAGUGGUUUGGACUUAGUGUCUGCAGGGGCUAGUCAUGUGUAUAAAGUAUACAGUGGUGACAUUCCAUGGUCGAGUCACCUUGACUGGCUGAAGGAGGAUAAUGAGCUUUUUACGUUAGUCAUUAAAGCGUACAGGUUUGCCUUCAAGCUUGCUUAUGAUCAAGCGGUUCUUGGCGAGGCCGAUGAUUUUGAUGAGAUCAGUGAGUAUAUACAGCAGUAUGAUACGGAGUAUUACUUCGGCAGGGACAACGACCCAGAAUGGGCAGAGUCGGUACAGCAAGGAAUCCCUCAACUCUUCUCACUUCUCCAUGAUUCAUCUGAGGGGGUGUACAAAAGCCGUGUUCUGACCCGUCAACCUGUCAUGGCAAACAUUGGCCGACUCAACCCAGAAGUUGUGCGUUCUCUCUGGGCAUCCCUCAAUCUAGAGCUACUCUACUUCACCAAUGAUGACGAGGAACGAUACAGCAUACAGGCACACCCUACUGUGUUACGUAACCUGACAGUACAGGCUGCAGACCCACCUCUAGGCUAUCCCAUCUAUGCAUCACCACCGAUGACAAUACCGACUCUGUAGUUAUGAUGCAAGGUCCUCAUCUGAUUUAAGAACAUCCCAAAAACAUACGUCUUACACAAAAUUGUGCAGGGGUGUAUUUUUGUUUUGGUUAAGGCUCAAUUAGUGUAUGGUUUAGUAACUAGAACAACUCCUGGCCCACAGCAGCUGAAAAACAGACCCAAGGCAGGGUGGCCUUUCCAAUGUCAUGAAAGUAGGGUACAAAUCUGCCGCCUCAAUUAAAUUGGUAAAACAGUACCAGAGGUAGAGACAUUAAAUGUUUCUGCCAUUUUCUUAAGGACUCUCUCCAUUGUAAAAUUAUUAGAUUAUUCUUUGUUACCCUUUACAUUCCUGGACUAUAUUUGAAUUUUGGACAUGGAAUGAUGAAGGUUUUUUUUUUUGUAGGAUCAAAUUUGUAAUUGUGUUUUGAUUUUUGUAACGUGUGCCUGGCUAGGCAAUAUUGAAUACAACAGGGUAUCUGUACACUUUCAUAAAAUCACAUUUCUUUUACUUUUUAAGACCUUUUCAAUGCUUCCCUUAACAAGAACAAAAAAAAGUGAAUAAAGAAAAGGGAAAACAGCUAUUUUGUUGCAGCAUAAUACAGUUCUUUACGAGCUGAUAGGAAGAUUCAUGACAUGCUUCAUCCAUUUUUUAAGACCUCAAAAAAGGUCUGAAUUUAAUACUUAAAAGAAAAUGCUUAUUAUAAAGGCCUUAAACUUGGAUAGUUCAAUUUAAGAUUUUUGUAAUGCUUUUUAAAGACCCAUAGAAACCCUGUGUCCGUAACCAACAAUAUCUGAAUCCCAGAUGACAUGUACUAUAUGCAUUUCUCAGGAUAACUUAUUUUACCCAGUGAUCUUUCACAUUACAUUUUAAAAAUAUAAAAUUUUCUUUUGUACAAUUACCAAAAAUAUACUACUUAAUUUUCUUUCAUUGAACCUCUGGCAGAGCCCAGAUAAGUGAACAUGUACAUGUAGAAACACAUUUUCCUUGAUUAUUUCUCAACAGUCAAGUACAAAAAACUUAACAUUAAUACAUUUGUAGAAAACACUAAAACCGUAUUUAAAUAAAUAUUCCCAUUCCCCCAAUAAUCUUAGUCAUGAAUAUAUGACCCGAGUUACAACUCCUUUCAUUAGUUUACACACUGUAGUACUGUCUCUUUGUUUGAAAUUGCUAAAAAUGUUAGCAAUAUCCUUUACACAUUUAAUAGAUGUUAGAAUUUUCUUUUUAAAUACAAGUUACAUGUACAUGUAUAACAGGGUUUGUGUAGGGCUUGAUUUUUCAACGGGUCACAAGUUCGAGGCCAGCUGUUUUAGUGUUGAACCAAUAAACAUAUAACUGGCCAGGUAUGGCAUCUUAUUUAUAUUAAUCAAUCUUCUGUACCAUCCAUAGAAACAUGCAAGUUAAACUGUGGCUGUGUAAGGACCAAGGAUGUGUUUUCUCAUGUUGAUUUUGCACCAAAAUGUCUCAUUUCACAAAGAGGUAGGACUGGUCCUAGGAGAUAUUCAAAACUUUUAAGGUUAGUCCUUAAGUAGAGUGUCAUUGCCGAGUGGUUAAGAGCAUCGAAUUCAAGUUCUGGUGCUGAUUCACCGGAGUGUGGGUUCGAAUCCUGGUCGUGAC